AUGGGUUCAGCAGAUAACGACAACUCGCCCUUCUCGAAAGGGGCCGUCUCCUCAGACAACGACAAUGCCAACGACGAAAAAGCCAACUAUCAGGACAUCGGUCGACUCGAAAGCCAUACACUAGGAGAAACCGAUGUUGUUGGUCAGAAUGGAACGAAGAGAAAUGUCAAGUCGCGACAUGCCCAGAUGAUUGCCAUCGGCGGCAGCAUCGGGACUGGUCUCUUCGUCGGCUCUGGCCAGGUUCUCGCAGCUGGUGGACCAGCGUUUCUGUUUCUUGCCUACGCGCUGACGUCCAUAUUGGUGUAUGGCGUCGUCACGGCAGUCAUGGAAGUUGGGACGUAUUUGCCUGUUUCCGGCAGUUCCAUGUCGUAUUACUGCAACCGGUACGCCUCGCGGUCUCUGGGCUUUGCACUUGGCUGGCUCUACUUUUACUCCUUCGGAGUCAUCCUGGCAUACGAAAUCACGGUCGGAUCUAUCAUCAUCAACUACUGGCCAAACAACGUCCCUGUUGCCGUGUGGCUCACGGUUCUACUCGUUGUCAUCGUGGGACUCAACUUAUCCCCAGUUGGCGUAUACGCGGAAACAGAAUUCUGGUUCGCCAGCUUGAAAAUCAUUCUUUUCGUCGGCUUGCUGCUCAUGUCGAUUGUUCUUAUUCUCGGCGGUGGCCCCAGCGGUGAACGACUGGGUUUCUACUAUUGGGUAGACCCAGGAGCAACAAAGGAAUACAUCAUCACCGGACCUGGAGGCAGAUUUACCGCCUUCCUGUACGGAUGGGUGUUUUCGGGCUUCUCAUUCUACUUCAGCCCGGAGCUUAUCAUCAUCACCGGUGGUGAGAUGCGCAACCCCCGCAAGAACCUUCCGAUCGCGAGUCGACGUUUCUUCUACCGCUUGAUCAUAUUCUACCUCCUGGGUUCCCUAGCUAUCGGGGCUAUCUGCAACGCCAACUCCGAGGGGCUCACAUCCGGUGCUGGUAACGCGGACGCAUCCCCCUGGGUCAUUGCCAUUAGAAACGCGGGUAUCAACGGUCUACCCUCCGUUGUGAAUGCCGGCAUUCUGACCAGUGCAUGGUCCGCCGGAAAUUCCUACUUAUACAUGGCCAGUCGAUCCUUGUACUCCCUCGCGGUCGCCGGCAACGCCCCCAAGAUCUUCGCGCGCUGCAACAGUUACGGACUGCCCAUCUACGCAGUCCUUGCGGCGAGCUGCUUCACGGUCUUGGCAUACCUCAGCGUUUCUUCAGAUGCCGGUGUCGUUUUCAACUGGUUCGUCAGUCUGACCAACACCGCUGGCUACACUUCCUGGGUCUUCUGCGCCGUCAUAUUCCUCCGCUUCCGAAAGGCUUGCCAAGUACAGGGCGUGAAGGUUCCUUACCAGUCGUGGUGCCAGCCGUACGGCGCGUGGAUAUCGAUGGUCUGCUUCACGUUCCUGCUUCUCGCCAACGGGUUUACCGUCUUCUACCCCGGUCGCUUCUCCGCGUCCAGCUUUCUCACGGCUUACAUCGGCAUUCCGCUCUUCUUGGUCAUCUACCUGGGGCACAAGUUCACCGUGGGCAAGAACGACCCGUGGUUGUAUGCUCCCGAAGACGUGGACCUGCACACGGAUUUGAGAGAGGUUGAGGCCGAAGCUGAGUGGUGGACCAACCAGGAGGCAGCCAAGAUGGAGAAACACGGCCCAGGGAAUAAGGUAUGGCGCUUUGUGUCGGCGAUCUGGACUUGA